UCAAAGUCCCAACUCCCAAGCAGAAGCGGAGUAUCAGAAUCAAGCCGAUUCCUUCCUCCUUCCUCCCUCUGUAGCUCCAAUCUCCCCAAUCAUGUACAGAACGGCGGUGAGGCGUAUAUUGUCGGAUGCAACCUUUAGCAAUGCACGCUUUCGAUUCCCGCAUCUCCAGACUUUGAUUGGAGGCGUUUCUCGCUUUUCCACUUCUGCGAGUCCUCCGUCAUUCUCUAAUCAAAGCCCCAAUCAAGAUCAAAUCCCCUUUGCACGCGUAGAUAACCCUAACAACACAGAUUCUACAACAUCUUCCUCAACAUCAUCGACGGCCGAGGGAGCGGGAGCUCGUCGUUACCAGAGGCAGAGACCGAGAGUUGAGUACCAGGAUGAACAAGGACGCGUGCUUCAUGCUUCCCUCCCUCACGUGAUAAUGUUGGGAUGGACUGAAGAAGCCAUGAUUUCUGGUGCAAGAGACAUUGGCGUGUCACCUGCUAUUGUUGGCACUUUUCCAAGGAAAGAGGCUGCUCUAGUUGAGUUUUUCAUGGAUGACUGCUUGCAAAGGCUUGUCGAUAGAAUUGACUCAGGAGAGGAUCUACAUAGUCUGAUGCCUAGUCAGCGCAUCUCCAAGCUUGUGAGGAUUCGUCUGGAAAUGCAAGCACCUUACAUAUCGAAGUGGCCUCAAGCCCUUAGCAUUCAGGCACAGCCACCAAAUAUUCCAACAAGUUUUAAGCAGCGAGCAAUGUUGGUGGAUGAGAUAUGGCAUGCUUUUGGUGAUGAAGCCUCUGAUAUGGAUUGGUAUGUGAAGCGCACUAUCCUUGGAGGAAUAUACUCGACCACUGAGAUCUACAUGCUCACAGAUGUUUCUCCAGAUUUUCGUGAUUCGUGGGCAUUCUUGGAUGAGCGAGUGAAAGACGCUUUUGAUCUGAAAAAGACGAUCCAAGAGGCCAAGUAUCUGGCAGAAGCUGUCGGUGCAGGAAUGGGAAGCUCUUUGCAAGGAUUUGUGAAUCAAGUUUUUCAGAGAUGAUAAUUGCUGGAUAGAUGGUUCAAAAAUAUGUUCCUGGGUGUCUAUUAAUAAGGAAUUUUCUACCUUCUCUUUUUACACCAUUGCCACAAUCAAAAUGUAAUUAGAAUGCCCGUCCAAAUCCCCACAAACUUAUAUUUAUGGUUUGUUAUUUGGCCUUUUACAUUUUGAUUGUGGUCUUGAAUAAAUUUUUUGUAUCUAAUAUAGGUAACUAGGUACAGUCUCGUUGAGAAGUACGUAUUCUACUUUCUGCUUCAAUCACUCUCCUCUGAACUUCAUCCUGUUCCCAUAGCUUUCUGAAUUUUAAGAGUAGUCUAUCCUUACUGUUUUA